UUAGCCCAGUGCUAAAUGAAGUCGUGGCCAAACGUCUGUACACAACUGAUCAAGCAAAAAAGUAAUCAAGACAAAAAUUUCCCGCGUUUAGGAAAAGAUCAAUGUUUUGUUUUUGCAAAGCUACAUUUUCUUGUUUUCCAGUUCAGUUUAUGUUACUGUAGGAGAAUGCCUGCAACUCCAAAACCAGCAAAGAAACGACAAAGAGCAGAAACUCCACAAUCUGCCGCAUCUACAAGAUCUAGGCGUUCAAGCCGGAAGGGUAGCACAAAAUCAGAUGAUUUAUCGUCUGAAGAGCAAUCUAAAGAUGCACCACCUGCACAACGAAGACGAGUAAAUAAUGAUGGUGCUUCAUCACCCCUUCCGUUGGCCCCAACAUCCCCUAACACAUCUCAGCAAGAACAUGACCAAUCUCUGCAAAGCCGAACUGGAUUACUAAACACUAGUGAGAUGGAUAUGGAAAGUUCUCCUUUAAAUUAUGGAACACCAGCCUCGUCUCGAAUUGGGAGUGUUUCUAGAGGAACGCCCCAUGGUACUCCACUGCGAAGUGAUAUUAGAAGUGUAAGAAAACUAAAACAAGUAAAUGUAGGUGGAAGUGAACAGACUGAUACUAAUGACCCAGCUGUCUCCAGUGAAGCUCAAGCAGAACCAAAACUUGUCAUUUGGGGGACUGAUGUUGUGGUGUCAGAAACAAAAGAUAGAUUUCGUCAAUUCUUACUGCGCUUCAUUGACGAAGAAACAGAUGAAACCUCUGGAGGUUAUGACUCGUCAAGGCCGUUGUAUUUACAAAAGCUUGAAGAGAUCAGCGUUACAGAGAAUCCCUUCUUGAAUGUGGACUGCAUUCACCUAAAAUCUUAUAAUGCCGAGUUAUAUAGACAGCUAGUGUGCUACCCACAGGAAGUAAUUCCAACAUUUGACAUGACUGUCAAUGAUUUGUUUCAGGAACGUCAUGGUUCCACUGUAUUGGAACAUCAAAUACAGGUUCGAACAUUUAAUGUGGACAAAACAAAAAAUAUGAGAUCCCUUAACCCAGAAGAUAUUGAUCAAAUGAUAACAAUAAGUGGCAUGAUUAUUAGGACAUCAAACAUUAUCCCUGAAAUGAGAGAAGCAUUCUUUAAAUGUCAUGUUUGUCAUGCAACACAGACGAUUGAAAUUGAUCGCGGAACUAUCAACGAGCCAACAUCAUGUCAACAUUGCAACACACAGCAGAGUAUGGGUAUCGUACACAACAGGUCACAGUUUACUGAUAAGCAAAUGGUGAAAAUGCAGGAGUCUCCAGAUGAUAUGCCAGCUGGCCAAACGCCCCAUACUGUUAUUAUGUAUGCAUAUGGGGAUCUCGUUGAUGCUGUCCAGCCUGGUGACAGGGUGACUGUAACUGGUAUUUAUCGUGCUACACCGCUAAGAGUUAAUCCACGAAUGAGGAACAUAAAAGCUGUAUACAAAACCUACAUUGACGUAGUUCAUUUCCGAAAGACAGAUAAAAGAAAGUUGCAUGAGAGAGAUGCUGACGGCCAGGUAACAUUUAGUGCAGAACGUGUUGAAUAUCUCACUGGUCUUUCAAAAAUGUCUGAUAUAUAUGAAAGAUUAUCGAGAGCACUGGCUCCCAGCAUAUACGAGAAUAUCGAUAUUAAAAAAGGGAUCUUGCUUCAACUUUUUGGUGGAACAAAUAAAGAUUUCACAGUUGCAGGAAGAGGAAAAUUUAGGUCUGAAAUUAAUAUUCUUCUGUGUGGAGAUCCAGGUACUAGUAAAUCUCAAUUGUUACAAUAUGUUCACAAUUUGGUACCAAGAGGUCAGUACACGUCAGGUAAAGGUUCAUCUGCAGUUGGUUUGACGGCUUAUGUGACAAGAGACCCUGAAACACGGCAGCUGGUUUUGCAAACUGGAGCGUUAGUUCUGAGCGAUAAUGGUAUCUGUUGCAUCGAUGAAUUCGAUAAAAUGACGGAAGGCACUAGAUCUGUUCUUCACGAAGUUAUGGAACAACAAACACUCUCUAUUGCAAAGGCUGGUAUCAUAUGUCAACUGAAUGCGCGCACCUCCAUCCUAGCUGCUGCCAAUCCGCAAAAAUCUCAGUGGGACCCGAACCUGACAACGGUGGAGAACAUUCAACUCCCGCAUACACUGCUUUCUAGAUUUGACUUAAUUUUCUUGAUGUUGGAUCCACAAGAUGAGCAUUUCGAUCGCCGCUUAGCAACACAUCUCGUUUCUUUAUAUCACAUGACAGAAACCGAAGCAGAAGAGGAAGAUGUAGACAUGAGCACUUUGAAGGACUAUCUUGCGUACGCAAAAAAUAAUAUUUCGCCCAAGUUAAGCGAAGAAGCUUCACAAACUUUGAUCAGUUCUUAUGUUGAAAUGAGAAAGGCUGGGAGCAGUCGCGGUGCUGUUUCUGCGUACCCGAGACAGCUUGAAGCUCUUAUAAGAUUGUCUGAAGCUCACGCCAAAAUGAGAUUUUCUGAAUUUGUGGAAGUCGCCGACGUAGAAGAAGCGAAGAGAUUACAUCGUGAAGCUCUCAAACAAUCUGCAAUGGAUCCAAAGACGGGCAUGAUCGACAUCAACAUUCUCACAACUGGUCUAAGUAUCACAGAUCGAAAGAGACGUAUUGACGCAUCUAAAGCGCUCUUGGAGUUGAUCAAAGGGAAGGGACGUGUGGCUACGCUUAAUUACUUCAAACUGUUCGAAGAGUUUAGAGAACAAACGGAUACGAAAAUAAGUCGUACAUUAUAUGAUGACGCUUUGAAGUUACUGCAAGACGAUGAUUUAAUCAUGAUGGCUGAAGAUAAAAGGACAAUUAGGUUGCUGACUUAAUCGGGUUUCGGGAUAUGCAUCAUCCGUGCCGUGAUUGAUGAUGUUGUUUUGGCUGUACCUGCCAUUUAAUACCGUGGAGAUAAAUUUCCGUAAAAACAUUACAUUUCGUUAUUCUGUAAUAUAGUGUCAAAAAUAUAGCUGCUACUUCGAAUA